CGUUUUUAGCAAAAUAUAUCUUCAAAACCCUAGUUAAACCUCCAAUUUCAAAACCCUAAUUGUUUCCUUUCAUCUCUUUAAACACUUUUCAUCAUUAAUUCUUUUCUCAAUUUGGCCUUUUUUUAUCCUUUUCAAAAUCUCUCUGUAGAUUUAAUUGUGUCUCUGUUUCUAGCUGUAUCUUGGGAAUGGAAGUACAAAGCCUCUGCUCAAACGCUGUUGUUUUGGACAGCAUUUUUCUUUCUACAAUGGAAAAUCUGGUGGCUGAGACAGCCAUUGUCCUAAAAAAUUCAAUUACUUGGUAUCUCUUUAUGAUGGAAUUUAUACCCAAUGCAAAGAAUAUCUUUGAUAAAGAACUUGGAACAUUUGGGAGGUUUCCAUUCUCUGAGCUUUAUGCAGUGAAAAAGCCUGGUCCUGAGAACAAAGAUGGCAGUGACACUGAGGAUGAUGAAGAGGAUGAUGAUGAGGAUGCUGCGGAUGAUCAGGAUGAGGAUGCUGGUGAGGACGAGGAUGGUUCUGAUGAAGAAGGUGACAAUGAAGGGGAUCCUGAGGAUGAGCCUGCAGCCAAUGGUGAUAAUGGAAGUGGAGAUGAAGAAGAUGACGAUGAAGAAGAUGAGGAGGCUGAUGAUGACGACGAGGAAGAAGAAGAAGAGGAGGAUGAGGAAGAUGAGGAAGAGAUUCCUCAGCCACCAGCUAAGAAAAGAAAAUGAGGCCAGAGUGUUUCAUUCUCAUGUUGUGUUUUCUAAUUUGCCUUAUGGUUAGGGGGAUUGAGGUAGGUGCCUAAGUUGAGUGGGAUUUAAGGUUCAUCUCUGCAUUAGAGUAGAGAUGAUUUAGGUACUUUUGUGGAUUAAACUUUGUUUUAUUAUAUUUCUAAUAUUACAUCUCUCUUAUGGUUA